AUGGCCAUCCGGCUGAACAGGCUGCUGCGACAGCCAUACAACAGUGGCUGUGGUAGACGCUUCAGCACAUCUGCUGGACUCUUUGCCGGACACAGCAAGUGGUCCACCAUCAAGCAUGACAAGGCCAAGAACGACAAGGCCAAGAGCAAAGAGCGCCAGCUGGUGAGCAAAGAGAUCCGCAAUGCCACCCAGUUAUGGGGCCCCGACCCCAAAUUCAACCCCCGUCUCACGCUCGCCCUCUCCAACGCCAAACGCGCAUCCAUCCCCAAAACCGUGAUCGAGGCCGCCAUUGCCCGCGGCCAGGGCCUAAGCGUGACAGGACAAGCAUUGGAGUCCAUCACUAUUGAAGCCAUUCUCCCCGGAUCCGUGGCAGCGGUCAUCGAGUGCCAGACAGACCAGAAGGCGCGCGUGCUGCAGGAUCUCCGGUUUCUGAUCAAGGAUAACGGCGGCAGUAUCGCGCCGACGACAUACUUGUUUGAAAAGAAAGGGAGGGUGGUGAUGGAGAAGAAAGACCGUGUUGAUGUGGAUAAUUACCUGGACCAGGCGAUUGAGGCCGGCGCGGCGGAUCUGACGGCCGAUGAACAGGGUCGUUUGGUGGUCUUCACGGAUCCGUCGGAGACAAAGGGUGUGGGCGAGAGGUUUUCCAAGCUUUCUGGGUUGGAGAUUGAGGAGAUUGAGAUUAUCUGGGAUCCGAAUCAGGAUGGAUUGGUCAAGGAGGUGGGUGAGGAGCAUGCGAAGACUCUGGAUUAUCUCUUGACUGCUUUGCGCGAGGAUCCCAGUGUGCAGGAGAUUUACUUGAACCCUCCUGAUAUUCUUUGA